AACUCCUGAAAGGUUUUUGUUGGUCCAUCGAGUUGUUUUACACAUGGACCACACACUACCUGGCACAGUCGGGUGGUCGGAUUGAAAACAUCUGAAUUUACUUUUUAGGGGCUUUUAUUUCUAUCAUGUUGAAGUCUAAAACAUUCGUCAAGAAGACCCGUUCGGGUGGGGUGAUGAAGGUGGUGCGUGAGCAUUACCUGAGAGAUGAUAUUUGGUGCGGGAGUGAAGUUUGCAGUGAAUGCAAACAGGACUCGGUGGUGCUGCAGAGAGACGCCACUAUUGAGAGCAGUUUGUGUCUUUAUCCACAUUAUCUGAUCCCUGACACCAAUGUAGUCCUACAUCAGAUUGACGUGUUGGAGGAUCCUGUGGUCCGUAACGUGAUCAUCCUUCAGACCGUGCUGCAGGAGCUGCGCCACCGAAGUGCACCGGUCUACAAACGCCUGAAGGACAUCAUCCAUGCAAAAGAGAAACACUUCUACACCUUCACCAACGAGCACCACAGAGAGACUUUCAUUGAACGUGAACCGGGGGAGAGCGCCAAUGACCGUAAUGAUCGUGCAAUCCGCGUGGCAGUCAAGUGGUACAGCGAGCAUCUGAAAACGUCCAAGUCAGACCCGGACAGUCUCAAAGUUGUUCUCCUCACCAACGAUCAAGGGAACAAGCAGAAAGCAGAGGAGAGUGGCCUGGUGGUGUACAGAUUUGAGGAGUAUGUCAGGGGUCUGAUAGCAAACCCUGAGCUUGUUGACCGCCUGGCCUUGUCCAGCGAUACUAAGAAUGAAAUCACAAGCAGUAAAGUGUUGUUCCCAGAGCACCUUCAUCUCUCCAGGAUCCAAUCCGGAAUUAAGAGUGGCUCCUUCCUCCAGGGCUCCUUCCGGGCCCGCAGGGACAACUAUUUAGAGGCCACAGUCUUUGUCAAGGGAGAGGGGGAAGACAGCAAAGAGGUUCUCAUUCAGGGUCUUCAGAACCUUAACAGAGCAUGUCACGAGGAUGUGGUUGCUGUGCAGUUGUUGCCACGGAAUCAGUGGGUGGCACCGUCCUCAGUCGUGCUGCAGGAUGAUGGUGCAGCGAAGGACGAUAACGUGGAUGAGGAUGAGGAGGAGAAUGCGUUGAGGAUAUUAUCAACGGAAGCAGCCAGAAAACCAACAGGAAAGAUUGUGGGAAUCAUUAAAAGGAACUGGAGGCCAUUCUGUGGCAUGCUGAAUGUCUCCCAAAUCAAAGAAUCUACCCGCCACCUUUUCACCCCAGCUGACCGCCGUAUCCCACGAAUUCGCAUUGAAACACGACAGUCCUCCACACUUGCGGGUCAGAGGAUCAUGGUGACCAUUGACGGCUGGCCCAAAGACUCCAGAUAUCCAAAUGGGCACUUUGUCCGCAGUCUGGGAAAGGCAGGGGAAAAGGACACAGAGGAAGAGGUGCUCUUACUGGAGCAUGAUGUUCCACAUCAGGCCUUCUCUCAGGCUGUGCUCAGUUUUCUCCCAAAGAUGCCAUGGGCCAUCACACCAGAGGACAUGGCGAAGAGAGAGGACCUGAGGCAUUUGACUGUGUGCAGUGUGGACCCUCCAGGAUGCACUGACAUAGAUGAUGCCCUGCACUGCAGAGAGCUAGAAAAUGGAAACUUUGAGGUCGGGGUCCACAUUGCAGACGUCAGUCACUUCAUCAGACCUGGCAAUGCACUGGACCAAGAAGCUGCUAAUCGUGGUACAACUGUGUACUUGUGUGGCAAAAGGAUAGACAUGGUUCCUGAGCUGCUCAGCUCCAAUCUUUGUUCUCUGCGCUCCAAUGUGGAAAGGUUGGCUUUUUCGUGUAUUUGGGAAGUGAACCAAAAGGCGGAAAUACUUAAAACUCGUUUCACAAAAAGUGUUAUAAACUCCAAGGCAUCUAUGACUUAUGCCGAGGCCCAGAUGAGGAUUGAUGACACUGGCAAGAAUGAUGAUAUCACCAAGAGCUUGCGAGGUCUCAACAAACUGGCCAAAAUCCUCAAGAGGAAGAGGAUAGAGAAGGGGGCAUUGACGCUGUCAUCAUUAGAGGUUCGGUUCCACAUCGACAGUGAAACCCACGACCCCAUUGACCUUCAGACCAAAGAACUCAUGGAGACGAACUCCAUGGUGGAGGAGUUUAUGUUACUGGCAAAUAUAUCGGUUGCACAGAAGAUUUAUGAAGAAUUUUCAGAGUGUGCUAUGCUCAGGAAACAUCCGGCACCUCCUCCAUCUAACUAUGACAUCUUGCUCAAGGCUGCAAAGUCCAAGGAUGUGGAUAUUCACAUUGAUUCAGCCAAAGCCCUGGCUGACUCCCUCGAUGUAGCCAAAGUGGACAGCUUCCCGUACUUUAACACACUUCUGCGUAUCUUGGCCACUCGCUGCAUGAUGCAGGCAGUAUAUUUCUGCUCGGGCAUGGACAACGAUUUCCACCAUUAUGGUCUCGCCUCCCCCAUUUAUACGCACUUCACAUCACCCAUUAGAAGGUAUGCAGAUAUCAUUGUGCACCGCCUGCUGGCGGUGGCAGUAGGAGCUGACGUCACCUACCCAGAUUUGAUGGACAAACAAAAGCAGGCAACCCUUUCCACCAACCUCAACUACAGACACAAAAUGUCUCAGUAUGCACAGAGGGCAUCUGUGGCCUUCCAUACACAGUUGUUCUUUAAGAGCCGAGGCAUACUCAACGAAGAAGGAUACGUUCUGUUCGUGAGGAAAAAUGCACUCAUCGUACUGAUUCCGAGGUUCGGUCUGGAGGGAACGGUCUUCUUUGAUGGCAAAGACAAAGUGGCUCCUAAACUUGUUUUUGAUGAAGAGGGUCCCACUCUGAAGGUGGAGCAGCACACGUUCCACAUAUUUGACAAGGUGAAGGUCACCAUCAGCUUGGAUGACUCCAACAUUCAACACCAGAAGAUCCGCAUGGCUCUAACUGAACCUGUGAUCCCUGGUGUGAGUGUUCCUGCCCCUGAUGCUGAACCACAGGCCAAGAAACCAAAACUGGACCGCUGACUCAGAGUGCCACAGUCUAAAGAACCAUUUUAGACUAUUUGAUACAUUUGUUAAUGUCUGUUGAAAUUAUUUUACUACAUCAGCUGCGGUAGUUUCACCACUUUUCUCUUAUGGUUAUUUUAUUCAUUGAAAUGUUUGUUGGUUCACCGACAUGGACAUUUGCUAGUGACUGAGCUAUGAAUGUAGUGUUAAGUCUGUGACAGUCAUUAAAUAUUUUUACCUCCUGAA